AUGGUUGGGCCAACAUAUUCGAGAAAAGCUCAUAUUAUUGCUCAAUAUGCUGAUUCAAUUGGUAUUCCUGCAAUACGAUAUAGUGCAACGGAUCCUGAAUUAUCUGAUAGAAAUGCAUAUCCAGCUUUUUAUCGUACAGUUGCUUCGGAUGCUACUGCUGCAUCAUCAAUUGUAGAAUUAUUCAAACGUUUUAAUUGGACAUCUGGUAUAAUUAUCUAUCAAAAUGAUGCAUUUGGAUCAGGUGGCGCUGAAGCAAUAAAUCAUGUAUUUAGUGAAAAUAACUUGAUAGUCAGCCAAACAAUAGUAUUUGACAUUGCGACAGUUAAUAUUCGAGAAAGUAACUAUACACCAUUAGUUUUACAAUAUGCACUGGAUUUUGGUGUUCUCGGACCUCAUUUUGCAUGGAUAUUACGAUCCAAUAUUUCAUUAGAAUUCUUCAAUCAAACUUCAUAUCCAAAAUUGAUUGGAAUGCUUUCUAUAGAAUCUGUAGCAGGAAAUGUUGUCAAUGCACGAAUCAAUACAUCAUUAUUAAUUGCAGCUUAUCAAGUCGGGCAAUAA